GAUUGAGUUUGUCUCUUUGGAGACUAAAUUUUAUGUAGGAACGCAUGACGCUGAAGCACAAGAACAGCUCCAAGUGGGCAAAGCGCAUCUUACAACGUGGCUUGGAUGUGCAAGACGAUGGAACUCGAGCUGCUAUUACUGAACAACUGAAUCAACAUGCCCUUUUGACAAGAAAAGCAAAUAACAUGAAAGAGAGUAGUAGUAGUGAAGAAAGCAGUGAUGAUGAUGACCUUGAUGAGACUUCUGAUGGAUCAGAUCAGGACGCUGCAGUGAAACUGUUGAAGAAAGCAAAGGACAGGACUGUUGAAGUCUUAGAUGGGGAUGAAGAAUUGCCAGCGUCAGGAGUGCUUUCUUUACCUUUCAUGGUCCGUGGAUUGAAAAGAAGGAAAGCAGCCGCUGAUGAAGAAGCAAAGCUUGCUCUAAAAGAGUAUGAGUCAUCAUUGAAGGAAUUCGAAGAGAAGAACGAGCCAAAAACUCAAGGAACAAAUAUUUUGAGUGGUAGGAGAGUUUUUGGAGCUCAAAAAAAGCAGGAACUUGUACCCAAAAAGAAAGCGACAUCAGACAAUUACUAUGGUGACAGUGAUAGUGAAGGUGAGAGAGAUGCCAGAGAAACUGGCAUUACUGCUCGUGAAGAAAAUAAUUUUCCUGAGAGGGAAGUUCAUUUUGAUCCCAGUUCACUUCGUGAAGAGUCUGAGAUUGGUCAUGAUUCUCUGUUUAAGAGUUUUGAGGACAUUGCGAGAGAACCAUGCACAAAGACUUCAUACGAAGUUUCCAUUUUUGCUGACGACUCGUGGAAAAAGAUGAAUGAUUCUUCAGUUAAAGGGAAGCAGACAAAAUCUGCAAAUGCAAAAAGUGCGAUGGCUUUACAGAUAACAGACCCUGUUGCGAGUGAACCUGAAGGGGAGGUAAUCUCUCUAUAUGCUGAAUCCACAAUGCACUUUCUCUGACCUGUUGUUGCGAAA